AUGAAUGAAAAGCUCGAUGGGCUGGUGCCUCUAAAGGACACGGUUUCUAACAUCGAAAAAAGUAUUGAAGUAAUGUCUGACAAGUAUGAUGAACUGCUGAAACGUCUUGCUGUACAAGAAAGCGACACAAAAAAUGUGAAAGCAAGGGUAGAGAAGCUUGAGCAAAAGGCCCGAUGUAGCGAGACAGAGAUUGAAAAGCUGGUCACUGAAAUCAAUGAACUUGAAUGGAGAAGCCGUCGGUUAAACUUGGAAUUUCAUGGAAUUCAGGUUACUCCAAAAGAAGACUUGUUGAUGAAGGUGAACAGCGUGGCAGGUUUGUUAGAAGUUCCAGAACUGAGCGAACGGGAUUUUGAUGCUAUUCAUCGCCUUCCGGCGAAAGCAGGCAGGGUCCCAGGAAUAAUCGUUCGAUAUGCCCGACAAGCCACCAGGGAUAAAUGGUUGGAAAAUAGGCGGAAACUUAGAGACAAUGAGAGCAGUACUUUUAUACUAGAGAAUAUGACCACCCGAUGUCGGCAACUGUUUCUAACAGCAAAAGAGUUGGCAAAGAAAAAGGGCUACAAAUAUGUCUGGUUCAGAAAUGGCAAGAUUUAUCUGCGUAAGGCAGACGGUGAUUCUUCUGUCAUUGUGCGCAGUGAACGUGACCUUCCGACGUGA